AUGGGAGACGCAAAUCACCUUGAGAAGAUGGGAAGAGAACUCAAGUGCCCUAUUUGCUUGAGUCUUUUUAACUCUGCAGCUUCACUUUCGUGUAACCAUGUGUUCUGCAAUGAAUGCAUAGUGAAGUCCAUGAAAGUUGAUCCUACUUGUCCAGUUUGUAAAAUCCCAUUCCAUCGUAGAGAGAUUCGAGGGGCUCCUCAUAUGGAUAGCUUGGUGAGCAUUUACAAGAACAUGGAAGAUGCUUCUGGUGUCAACAUUUUUGUAAGCCAGAAUAUAAUAGCAUCACCAUCAGAUAAAGAAAAGUAUAUGGGAGAUGCUUCCACUGAAAAAGCAAAUGACGAGAAACAUCAGGGAUCUAGUAAGGGCCGAACAUCAAAAAAGAGAGGAUAUAAAAAAACCAAGGAAAGAGAUGAAGAUGCCCCUGGACCUAUUGUUAUGAAACCUUCAUCUCAAAGUAGGAAAAGGGUUCAGCUGUCGCAGAAUCGAUCUUCUGAAAGCUUGGCAAAAUCUACUGAAUCUGUCGAGUCAGCUGAAAAACUCAAGGAUUACACUGAAGAAACUGUGAUUAGUUUGAAUGAGCAUCCGAGUUUGAAUAAAGAAGAAAAUUUGGCACCCUUCUUUUGGUUGAGAGAUGAAGAUGAUGGAGAGAAUUUAAGUCAGCCAGCAGAAAGUGAUCCUUUUCUAGAUGUUACUCCUGUUGAUGUUCCUUCUUUCAGCGACUUGAAGGACUCAGAUCAUGACAGCCCGUCGAAAGCAGUUGAGCAAGAAAGGCCCAAUCCGGGAGACAUGUUUGACAGUGAAAUGUUUGAAUGGACUCAAAGGCCUUGUUCUCCAGAGAUUCUACCUAGUCCUGUGAAGGCCAAGGCCAUAGGUAGAGAUGAGAUUGAUCUUACACGGAAGAAUCCAUCUAAAGGAGCAUCAUCAAGUAAAAAAGGCAAAGCAGGAACUGCAAGAAACACAGUUGCUAAACGACGCGUUGGGGUUUCCAAUGAGGACUACAUGGAACCGUCUGCAGAAGAAACUAUUAGUGAGAAACAAGAGACUAGUGGAACGUCUGGCACAACUACCAGGAAGGAUGAAAAUGUGAAAGCUAAACGGGCGACAAGAAACAAGGGCCAGAAUUCACGAGUUCAGGCCGGUGUAAAUUUACAUGUGGAAGCAGAGGGAAAGCAGGGCACAAAGAGGAAACGAUCUAGCGUUAAAGUCUCCACGGAUCACCCAGUUGCUGGAUCUAAUGAGCUCUCACUUGGAACAGAAAAUGUGGUAAAGGGGGAUCAGCAGGCCCAUGGUUCAGCUGAUACACAACGUGAAAAACAAAGUCCCGCCGAGAAGUACUCUCUGAGAAAGAGAAGAAAAUCCAGUGCAACUGAGAAGGAGACUUCAGAAAAUAGAUCAAAACUUGAUUCAUGUUCAAUCCCGAGCAGAAUUACACAACCGUGUAUCAAGAAAACCCUUAGUGUUGAGUUGGAUCAAGUAGGAGAUAGACAAGAUUCAACUAAUAAAAAGAAACCGUCUGUGGACAAAGGCACUCAUAACAUGCAAGUUUUAGAGAAACGCUCAACGAUGAACAAGCCCUCACUUGAAGAUAAUGCACUUUUGCGACGAUGUGAUGGACCUCCAAUAAAUAAAUUCACAUGCGCCUUUUGUCAGUCUUCAGAAGACACAGAGGCAUCAGGAGAAAUGGCUCACUACCACAGAGGUGAACCUGUCUCUGCAGAUUUUAGUGAUGGGUCUAAGGUCAUACAUGUUCACAAAAACUGUGCUGAAUGGGCUCCAAAUGUGUACUUCAACAACCUUACGGCAGUCAACCUUGAUGCGGAGCUGACAAGAAGCCGGAGAAUAACUUGUAGUAGCUGUGGACUUAAAGGCGCAGCACUUGGCUGUUACAAUUCGAGUUGCAAGAGUAGCUUUCAUGUCACGUGUGCAAAACUGAUACCAGAAUGCAGAUGGGACAAUAAAAACUUUGUAAUGCUAUGCCCUUCGGAUGCAUCCUCUAAGUUGCCCUGUGAAGAGACUAGUCCCAAAGGAAGGAAACGAAAGUGUAGUCCUCCUAAAGGGCCACAGCACUCUCAGCCUAAUCAAGUAUCUGUCAAACCUGACAUCGGUGAGCUCCAGAGCAAGCCUUUUCACCGAUUAUCCAAGAAAUUGGUUCUAUGCUGUUCAGGACUUACAGAUGAAGAGAAGAGUGUGAUUUCAGAAUUCGCUGAACUGUCUGGAGUUACCAUCUCGAGAAAAUGGGAGUCGAGAGUUACACAUAUCAUUGCAUCAAUCAACGAAAACGGAGCUUGCAAAAGGACCCUCAAAUUCAUGAUGGGGGUCUUGGAGGGGAAAUGGAUUCUAAGCAUUGAUUGGAUCAAGGCGUGUAUGAAAAACAAAGAAUAUGUAACCGAGGAGCCAUACGAGAUAUCCAUAGAUGUUCAUGGAACAAGACAAGGACCUUAUAUUGGAAGACAAAGAGCUUUGAACAAAGAACCAAAACUAUUUAAUGGACUGACGUUUUACAUAAUGGGAGAUUUCGAGCUUGCUUACAAAGGGUAUCUUCAAGAUAUGAUUGUAGCAGCAGGAGGAACUAUCAUGCGCAGGCGACCCAUUUCUAAUGAUGAUAGUGAAGCUUCAACGAUCAUAGUGUUUAGUGCUGAGCCAAGCAAGAAAACUCUGACACAGCGAAGAUAUGAUGCUGAAGCUUUGGCUAAGUCUUCUAGAGCAAAAGCUGCAAGCAGUUCAUGGGUCUUGGAUUCUAUUGCAGGUUGCCAAGUUCGAGACUUGAUAUAAUAAAAUUGUUAGACCACAUCAUUGGAUAUUUUGUUUUAGUGUCAUUCGUCCCCUUCCUAAUAAUGCUUGCAAAUUUAUAUCCGUAGAAGAAACUAAGUGUUA